GUCCUUUAUUUAGAAAAAAAAAUCCUAAUUUCAUAAACAACAACAACAACUGAUAGCAUUACAGCAUUUCACAAGUACAUACUUAUUUAUAAUACAAAUAUAAAUUUAACAAAUUCUGUCAGAUCUUAUGUGUUUGAUAAGUGCUUUCUUGAAAUACCCGACUGCGUCGGCGUUUUUUAUUUGCUGGGGCAACUUAUUGUAUUCACAUAGACCUUUGUACAUUAUUGUUUUCAUUGUACUCUUCAUAUUUGUUAUAUUUACAUGGAAAUGAGUACACGCCCUAGUGUUAUA